AUGCCCAAGGCCAAGGCCGGAGAUCCUCAGGACCUAAACACCGUCAGGGUUGAUACGAGUGUCGAGAGUCCCAACGAGCUACGCAAAGCUAUGGAUUGGAACAUUCUUUGCCAUCGACUAUUCAACGAAACAGACAACAAUGAGGAGCCUGUCAAGCUGAUUGUCCCGGAUGGACACGACAUUGCGGGCUACCAUAUCCGCCUUGGUAUCCAGUGGACCAUGGACGUCUCAAGCAAAGAACCCGCCGAAAAAGAGUGGAAGGAGGGUCUCUUCAUCGAGCGAGACGUGCAGCUUGUGGAUGAGGGGAAAGUCCUGGAGUACUGGAAGCAGCUCGGAGGAAGAGACGCCGCGUCCGGAAUUCCGGAGGACUUUUGCCAUGUACUUCGCAUCCUUGAGAAGGGGAAGAAACCAAAGAAGGGCAAGGUCAAGUACAAGAUUCAAUUUGUGGGAUACUCUGCCGAGAAGCGCCAAGUCCGCUCGUGGACUCGGGCACAGCUCAAGUAUAACUACCCCGAGCUUCUGCAGGAGUGGGAAGAAGGAGAGAAAGCCAAAUAA